AUGGCCGUCGACAUCAUGAGCACGCAAUUUGCUGUACUGAGAACAGUGAAUAUCCAGAGAUUGAGCCAGGGUGACAACCAAGAAAUUCAGGAACUCUUGCUGGCUGCGAAGACCGACGGGAUGUUCUAUUUGGACUUCAGCGAUUCUGAUUCGGAUCCUUAUAGCGGGGUGGUGAAUGAUAUCUAUUCUCUCAGUCGGUCACUGUUCAGUCUGUCUCUUGAGGAGAAGCUGCGAUAUGACAUCGAUACCUUGGCGGAUCUCAAAACCAAUGGGUAUAAACCAAUUAGACGGAAUUUGGGUGGUCUUCCCGGCCAGCGUGACGGCUUUGAAAGCUACACUAUCCCUCCAAGCAGCAUCUUUCAGCUGACAGACGAGCCUUUUCCCCGACCGACGCCGAUCGAUGAACACUCAGACACUUUGCGCCAAUUCACUACUAUCUGCAGGACGAGUGCAGGGAUGAUCUUGCAAGCACUGUCGAAGGCGCUAAGUCUUCCUGCAGCUGGAGGGUUUGAAUUGUUUCAUCACCAAUCGGACUCUACUUUGGACAUCAUCCGAUUGCUCAAGUACGAAGCGGCAAAUCCAGCAGAGACCCGCACGAUGUCUAUUCCACAAACUGCUCACACAGAUCUAGGAUCUAUUACGCUGCUAUUUGCCAACAGUCCUGGUUUGCAGUUAAGCCCAAAGGGAUCUGAUAAAUGGCUAUACGUUAAAUCAAAACCGAACAGUGCCAUUGUCAAUCUUGGAGAUGCUAUCUGCAUCUGGUCCAACGGCAUAUUCCAGAGUGCAUUACAUCGAGUAGCAUCUCUACCCAACCAAGGAAUGACCGAACGGUAUAGCUUUGCAUAUUUGAUGCGACCCGCCAACAAAGCACCGAUGUGCUCCCUACUUGAAUAUACCAAAGAAGACUCGAACAGGGAUAUACCAUCAUGUAAAGACUGGAUGCAGGCCAAGUUUGUUGCUCUACGGGGAAAAACCAAGAAUGGAAGCACUGCUAUUCUUACUGGUCGCCCUGAAAGUGUUACCACCUGCUAG